AAAAAAAAGGUUUGGCCUCUCCGGUGACUCUUCUUCUUUCUCCUACCGAACUUUUCGCUUUUCUUCUCUGACCAAAAUUUUUCAACAACCUCUCUUCUCUCCCCUUUCUUCAUCAUUUCUCAAAAUCAUCUCUCUCUCUCUCUCUGCCAUGAACGUUACUCUCUCUCUUCUCUCCACCACCGUCGUCUUCAUCCGCCGCACAAUCAUCGGAUCCAACGGACUCAAUCUAUUCGAUUUCUCAUCUUAAAAGACUUUCUCUUACUACCACCACAUGCAUCCCUUCUGUUGCGUUUCCACUGUCUCCGAUCACUCUCCUUCGAUGCCGCCGUUACCGGAGCCACAACCGCCUCUACCUAUAUACGCUACCUCCUCCGCAGCAGCACCGUUUAAUUCAGCGAGAUCCGAACCGAUUAUGACUCGAUCUGCUUCUCAGAGUUAUAAUCAUCAUCAUCAUCAUCAUCAUCAUCAUCAUCAUUCAGGUCAAUCUGAUAGUCACAAUCUCAUCCGUAGUCUCUCGUUUAAUCACCAGAGUGAUGUCGCGAAUCGAUUGGGGCAACGCGUUUUGGCUUUGCCGGCGGCGGUUAGAGAACCUCCGGUUGAUGUUAAGAUUAACGAUAUCGUUGGGAAUGGAAUCGCUGGGAUUUUGUAUAAGUGGGUGAACUAUGGUAGAGGAUGGAGACCUAGGUGGUUUGUGUUGCAAGAUGGUGUGCUUUCUUAUUAUAAAAUCCAUGGACCUGAUAAGAUCUUUGUUAGUCCUGAAACUGAGAAAGGAUCUAAAGUCAUCGGAGAUGAGUCUGCUCGUAUGAUCUCUAGGCAUCAUAGGCGUGGUGGAAGCAGUAGUAGUUGCCAACUCCGGCGCAAGCCAUUCGGAGAAGUCCAUCUCAAGGUUUCUUCAGUUAGGGAGAGUAGAUCAGAUGAUAAGAGGUUUUCUAUAUUCACUGGCACCAAGAGGCUUCACUUGCGUGCAGAGACAAGAGAGGACCGAACAACUUGGGUCGAGGCUUUACUAGCUGUCAAAGAUAUGUUUCCAAGGAUGUCUAACAGUGAAUUGAUGGCUCCGACUAACAAUUUGGCCAUGUCGACUGAAAAGCUUAGGCUAAGGUUGAUUGAGGAAGGAGUAAGUGAGUUAGCUAUUCAGGACUGUGAGCAAAUCAUGAAGUCUGAGUUCUCAGCACUCCAGAGCCAGCUGGUGCUUCUCAAGCAAAAGCAGUGGCUUCUCAUUGAUACCCUUAGGCAGUUGGAGACAGAAAAGGUAGAUCUGGAAAACACAGUUGUAGAUGAGAGUCAAAGGCAGGCUGAAAAUGGAGGUUCCAGUGAUUUAAGACAUGAGAAGUUCAGUGGUACUGCCACCGAAUCUGAAGAUGAUAAUGAACGAGGUGAUGCUGCCGAGGAAGAAUAUGAUGAGGAAGAAAAUACCUUUUUUGAUACACGUGACUUUCUUUCUUCAAGUUCUUUCAAGAGUAGUGGUUCUGGUUUUCGUACAUCAUCAUUUUCGUCUGAUGAUGGUGGCUUUGAGUCAGAAGAUGAUAUUGAUCCUUCCAUCAAGACUAUUGGAUGCAACUAUCCUCGUGUUAAAAGGAGGAAGAAUUUACCUGAUCCGGUUGAAAAAGAGAAAAGUGUUAGCCUUUGGUCAAUGAUCAAAGACAAUAUAGGCAAGGAUCUAACAAAAGUCUGUCUUCCUGUUUACUUCAACGAGCCACUAUCUUCUUUACAGAAAUGUUUUGAGGAUUUGGAAUAUUCAUACCUUCUUGACCGAGCAUUUGAAUAUGGCAAAAGGGGAAAUAGCCUCAUGAGGAUUCUUAAUGUAGCUGCUUUUGCUGUAUCUGGGUAUGCAUCAACCGAAGGAAGAAUGUGCAAACCUUUUAAUCCAUUGUUAGGUGAAACUUACGAGGCAGACUAUCCAGACAAAGGCCUUCGAUUUUUCUCAGAAAAGGUCAGCCAUCAUCCUAUGGUUGUGGCAUGCCAUUGUGAUGGCACGGGAUGGAAAUUCUGGGGAGACAGCAAUCUGAGGAGCAAAUUCUGGGGUCGAUCUAUUCAGCUCGAUCCUGUUGGUGUAUUGACUUUGCAAUUUGACGAUGGAGAAAUCCUUCAGUGGAGUAAGGUGACUACAUCAAUAUACAAUCUCAUACUUGGUAAAUUGUACUGUGAUCAUUACGGUACAAUGCGUAUUGAGGGCAGUGCUGAAUACUCAUGUAAACUUAAAUUCAAGGAGCAGUCCAUCAUAGACCGAAAUCCUCAUCAGGUUCAUGGUAUAGUUCAAGACAAAAAUGGGAAGACAGUUGCAACUAUGUUUGGGAAAUGGGAUGAGAGCAUGCACUUUGUCACGGGUGAUUGUUCUGGGAAGGGAAAACUGAGUGAAGCUAUGUCAGGAGCUCAACUUCUCUGGAAACGGAGCAAACCUCCUGGAAACGCAACAAAGUAUAAUCUAACACGUUUCGCAAUCACGUUGAAUGAGCUUACACCUGGGCUGAAGGAGAGGCUGCCACCAACGGAUUCAAGACUGAGACCUGACCAGAGAUAUCUGGAAAAUGGAGAGUUUGAAAUGGCCAACACAGAGAAGUUGCGGCUGGAACAGCGACAACGUCAGGCUAGGAAGAUGCAGGAGAGAGGAUGGAAGCCGAGGUGGUUCAUGAAGGAGAAAGGAAGUGAGUCUUACCGAUACAAAGGAGGUUACUGGGAAGCCCGAGAGAAUGGAUUAUGGGCAGACUGUCCAGACAUCUUCGGCCACGUCGAUUCCGAUCAACAAAUGAUAGAGUAAAAAAAAAGAAAUUAUAAGCCAAUUCGAUUCUUAGAUCACGAAGUAUUAACUUCCUCGUAUCUUUUUUUAUUAUUUUUCAUCUCAUUAUUCUUUACUCGCCAUUUCACAUUACAGGACCAUUUACCCUUCA